UUGGUUAAUUUGUUUGUACUUUGUAAUGGAGAAGACACCGAGGAUUAGUGAUCAUGACAAGGGUGGAGGAAAUGAAGAGGUUGGAGGUGAAACUAUGACAUCAAACAAAAAGUUUCAAAAGGAUUCAUGCCAUGAGCCACUGGAGGAUCAACUUGCAUCCACCAGAAUCAAGAUAGGAGAAGUAAAAGAAGAGAACGAACGGUUGAAGACAAUCUUAGCACGAAUAAUGAAGGAGUAUCAGUCUCUCCAAAUGCACUGCUUCAACAUUGUACAACAAGAUAAUAGUCAAGUUAAAAACCCUGUCGAACAAGAGCCUCAUGAACUUGUCAAACUCAGCCUCAGCACAAGCUCAACCGAGAUCAAGAAGUACAAGAAAGAUAUCGAAUAUUCAGAGAAUGAAUACGAAAUGAACCAAGGCCUUACUCUUGGCUUGGAAUAUCAGCAUAAAUCUGAGUCUGUGCCUGCUUCGAGUUUGAGCCCGGAUAGUAGCAGUUUUGAUAAGCUAAAGGAAGAAGAAAAAUUGAAGAAUGUGAUAAGUGAAAAUGAUGAUCAGAUUGCACCACAGAGCAAUGCGAAGAGAGCUAGGGUUUCAGUGAGAGCAAGAUGUGAAGCACCAACAAUGAACGAUGGGUGUCAAUGGAGAAAAUAUGGGCAGAAGGUGUCGAAAGGAAAUCCAUGUCCUCGAGCAUAUUUUCGUUGCACGGUUAAAGCAGGAUGUCCAGUGAGAAAGCAGGUACAAAGAUGCAUAGACGACAUGUCAAUACUAAUCACAACCUACGAAGGGACCCACAACCACCCUCUCCCUCUCGCCGCCACCGCCAUUGCCUCAACAACCUCGGCCGCUGCCUCCAUCCUCACCUCCGGCCCCACCCCUCCUGGGCCUACCGCCACCUCAUCAAGCCAACUCUACUUCUCAAACCAAUUCAUGAGUACUCCCCCCUCCUACUCCUCUUCUCACCCCACAAUCACACUAGACCUCACCUCACAAUCAAACUCAUUUUCUACCAUGUACCCUCAUCCAAUGCAAAACUAUUGGCAAAGAUCUGCUUAUAAUAAUCCCUCGUCGUCAACUGAUAUAAUUGCUAAGGCGAUAACGUCAGAUCCUAGCUUUCAGUCUGUGGUGGCCGCAGCGAUUAGUUCGUACGUUGGAGGCCAAGGAGGUCAGGGGAAUGAACUGCAGGGCUCGAGUUAUAGUGGAGGAGGCAGCUCAAUGAUGUUCAGCUCCGGCCCCACCCCUCCUGGGCCUACCGCCACCUCAUCAAGCCAACUCUACUUCUCAAACCAAUUCAUGAGUACUCCCCCCUCCUACUCCUCUUCUCACCCCACAAUCACACUAGACCUCACCUCACAAUCAAACUCAUUUUCUACCAUGUACCCUCAUCCAAUGCAAAACUAUUGGCAAAGAUCUGCUUAUAAUAAUCCCUCGUCGUCAACUGAUAUAAUUGCUAAGGCGAUAACGUCAGAUCCUAGCUUUCAGUCUGUGGUGGCCGCAGCGAUUAGUUCGUACGUUGGAGGCCAAGGAGGUCAGGGGAAUGAACUGCAGGGCUCGAGUUAUAGUGGAGGAGGCAGCUCAAUGAUGUUCAGGUCUGUAGAUAAGAGGGAGCAUAAUGAAUGAAGUAGGUGAUAUAUACAUGUAUGUUUAUAUUUGUAAGGAUUAGGGUUGUAAAGUUUUUGGUUAAUUGUUGCAUGAGAUUGUUUGGUGUACGUUAAGUAGAUAUUCAAGCAUAUGUUGCUAUA